AUUUCGAAAGCUCGCGUGCUCUGCCAUUUCGAAGGGAAAGAUUGUUACAUUAGAUGUGACGUCACCACCUUUCUACUGUCAUCCAGUAUAUAAUUCUUACACAAAGUUUCCUAAUUCCCAUGGUCUCUUGUCAACAAACUUGGCAACUUUUCUUUGUGAAAGUUGAGCUAUAUUUUCAAAUGAAUUCUUACCCAAAAAGAUGGUUUUAUCCUGCCCAAGUGUUUGCUCAAUUUACCUCAGGUGAUGAGCAACCUGCCAUGUCUUUUAAAAAGGGAGAUCACGCAGAAAAAAACAUGGCAAAGUCUCCAAAAAAUGAGGACAAAAAUACAGCUGAUAUUAUUGAAAUUCAUGAGACGGGCGAGUUAACGAUACCUCCAGAUUAUGCUCAAGUUUUCAUGAUUUGCAGAAAUGCUAAGCUUACUGUUGAGGAAGUCAAGACAAGCGUGAACAAGCGCGUGGAGUAUAUCUUGCAAACUUUGAGAUCGCACAAUGUUGGUAAAAACAGUUACACUGUAGACCGAACUUUGAUGAGAAACGAAAUGAAAUAUGAGUUGAGAGUGGAGAUAUCUGUUCAGUUUACAGACUAUGCAAAAUGUCAAGAAAUUAGUAAUUUCUUGGUUGAAAAGCUUGAUAACAGUGUUGAGGUUUCAAGACCAAGUUUCCAUUAUGCACCUGGCAAACUAGAAAGUUUAAGGAGACAAUCAUGCAUCCUUGCUGUGCAAAAUGCUAGAGUCAAGGCUCUUGAAAUAGCAAACUCACUGAACCAGAGUCUUGGCCCAGCAAAACAUAUUUAUGAACAAUCAACAGAAGAGUACACAGGGAGAGAUUUGGAAGUAAGAAACACAGAAAAAACUGAGACAUUCCAAGAGCUGAUAAGACUGGCUACAGUUACAGUUAUUACUAAAGUUUUUGUGGCAUUUGAGUUGAAAGUCAAGACAAAAAGAAGGGCAAAAUAAUUGAUCUAGUUCCACUUUCUGACCUUUACCAAGAUCUAUGAGGAGAUACUCAGUUUUGGAGACUAAAGAAUAAUUUGGAAAGCAUGUAAUUUUUGCCUAAUGAACCUAUUACACAUGUACAGGAA